AACUGCAAACCUUUUGCAUUCUCAUUCACCGUCCAGCACAACGGCUCUCUCUCUCUCUCUCUCUCUCUCUCUCUCUCACAGUAGCUUCCUUCACUCUCUCGCAACAGCUACCUUUUUCCUAAAAAGUAAGAGGAAAAAAGUGAACUCUCUCCCUCUCCCUAACCCCAACAGCUUACUUGUCCUAAAAAGCAAGUGACAAGAAAAGGAUAAGAACUCCUUGUCGCUAAUAUAUACCAGCUACCAAUCUCCAUACCUUGCACCUCUCUCUCUCUCUCUCUCCUCCUCUCUUCAUCAUGUCCUUUGCACCGAAAGAGAUGGAACGAGUGGAGCUCUUUCGAGGCAAGGUACUACCCCUUUUAUGGCCAUAGUUCUUGCCACGACCUGCCCAUUCAACAAUCUCUCCCAACGUAAACUUGGUUACAUACAUAGAAUAGCUUGAGAUAGAGAUAGAUAGAGAGAGAGAGAGAGAGAGAGAGAGAGAGAGAGAGAGAGCUACGCGUUGCAGCGACACUCCAUAGAUGUUCCCAUCCAACACCCCCACCAGCCUUAUGCACGCAUACACCGAGCACCAGUUCCUGUAUGAUGAUGUCAGACUCUCUCCUACCAUUGACCAUGGCGACUCCUUUCUCCCUUACGACCACCACCUUCUCACUCCCCAUCGCCAUCUCUUCCCACCCUCUCCUGAUAAUACACCCCUUCUCAUACCUCAGCCUCCUACCACAACUUCCACUAAUCUCACACCCAAAGAUAUGCCAAUUUUCAGCCCUACCCACAACUUCUUUCCUACUAACAAGACCUCUUCCUUGGCCGGCAUGGCCCGAAAGCGCAUCUCAAAGAAAGAUCGCCACAGCAAGAUCUUGACCCUCCAAGGCCCUAGGGACCGCCGGAUGCGGCUGUCCCUUGAGAUUGCUCGCAAGUUCUUCAAUCUCCAAGACAUGCUCGGCUUCGAUAAGGCCAGCAAGACUGUCGGGUGGUUGCUGACCAAGUCGAAGGCUGCAAUCAAGGAGCUUGCCCAUGGCAUAUCUCAAACCAAUGGUUGCAGCAGCGGCGGAGGUGGUGAGACCAAGAGCACCUCCUCUAUGUCGGAGUGUGAAGUUAUAUCUGGAGUUGAUGAGACCAUUGAAAAUGUGGCCCUUGUGGAGAACGGCGAUAAGUUCACUACCAAGGUGAAGAGGAUUCGGCAGCUGCGGAAGGCUGCAUUCCAUCCCCUUGCUAAGGAAUCAAGGGCGAUGGCCAGAGCCAAGGCAAGGGAGAGAACAAAGGAAAAGAUGAGUCGUCGAAGCCUUGGGAGAUCAAAGCAAGGUACCGGAAUGGACCCCACAUACCUGAACCAAUCGAAAUCAUUGGGUCUUGUCAAAAGCAUGGAGGAACCCCAUUCUCACAGCCCUGAUAAUAAGUCUUCUUUGCGAUCGGUGGCAGAAUUCAAAGAACCCGCUUCCCAAUCUUUGGAUCAUCAGGCGACAAUCAAUGAAAUGCUUGGUGAGUCCAUUCCAGUCGCCAGUGAGGUGGGCCAUUCAAUCUUCGAUUACCACCAUCACAUUAUGCAAGGGGUAAAUUCUGAUGAACAUCUAGUCUCCUUUCAGAACAACGACAUCAACUACUUUUCAGAGAAUUGGUACAUGGAUGGUGCAAGAAUGCAUUCAAGCUACUGUGUGGCACCCAACAUCCAUUCAUCAACAGGUGAUGCACAUGAUCGAAUUACUACUACUGUCUUCAAAUUGGCAUCUGAUGGCCCGUUGCAGUCCCAAUUCACCGAUUUGCAAUUCUGCACCAAGUCCUGGGAGACCUAAAACAAUCAGAGUUUGUGCUAGCACCUGUUCACUAUUUUCCAUCUUUCACUAUAUUAGAUGUAUGAUCAUAUGAACAGUAUCUUCUAUAUGCUCUUUCUGGGUGCAAUUUAUGUAAAUUUCUUCAGUUUCUUUGUGUUUGUUCGAAAUAAUGUCUGUUGAUCCCUCCAUGGAGAGAGAGAGAGACCAUGGAAAAAGUGGCAUUUUCUCUUCAUAUAUUCCAGAAGUUUAGCAGUUAGUGUGAUGUAUAACAUGAUAUUCUACAAAAGCUUUUUUUUUUUUUUUU